GCUGCGUCUGCCACCAACCCGUCCCCAUUCCUUUAUACCGUAUGAUUGUUCGCAGUUGGAGUUGAUCACCAGUCCCCUGGGGAGUCCGCGAACAUCAGAUAAAGACUACAGCACUAAACGUGUAUCAACUAAUGCAGAUGCUAUCUGACUGUCAGUGCAUUCAUUGAAUAAACCCGGGUGCUUUCGUGAUCUUGCCGCGGGCCUGCUCUUGCAAUAAGUUAUCUUGUCCUCGUAGUGCAAAAUUGCCUCCGAUGUGGGUCAUGGAUCUAGUCACCUGCAGUGUGUUCUCUCUGCGAGUGCAGAUUGACUGGACCCCGAAGUACGUGUGGCGGGAUGCUGUUACAGCCCUUCCCGUAAGAAAGGUUGCGCAAGUGAGAUUGAGCUAAUGGAAGGAAAAUGGUGGAGCAUUGUACCAACAUUGGUUGUCCUGCUUGCUCUCCAAGGUGGGAGAGCAAAGGCUCAGUUCUUUGUUGGCUUUUACGAUACGAAGUGUCCCCGAGCUGAAAGCCUCAUCAGUCUGACGGUCCAGCAGGCUGUGGCAAGGGACCCGACCUUGGCCGCGUCUAUUUUACGAAUGCUGUUUCACGACUGCUGGGUGCAGGGCUGUGACGCGUCCGUUCUGUUGGACACAGCGCCUGGUUUCGGACAGGCCGAGAAGGAUGCCCCACCCAAUCAAUCUCUGAGGGGUUUCGAGGUAUUCGAUGCUGCUAAGGCAGCUGUGGAGUCGGUGUGCCCGGGAGUCGUCUCUUGCGCCGACAUCAUCGCUCUUGCCGCUCGAGACGCCACCGUCGCUGUUGGCGGACCCACUUGGCAAGUACCAACAGGUCGAAGAGAUGGCACGAUUUCUCAGCUUUUGGAUGCAGGCAUUAACAUCCCCUCUGCCGCGUUCAGCUAUCAACUUCUUCGCCAGAAUUUCAAUCUGCAUGGUUUCUCUGAAGACGAGAUGGUCACUCUCUCUGGUGCCCAUACGAUUGGACGAGCGCAUUGCUCAGCGUUCAGCAGCAGACUGUACCCGACCGUCGAUCCGACUUUGGACCCGGCGUACGCCGCACAAUUACAGGCAGCGUGUCCUCCGAACGCGAAUCCCAACAUUCGCGUGCCACUCGAUCUGAGCACCCCAGACGCAUUUGACAAUAAUUACUAUACUAAUCUUCCUAUCGGUAGAAGUCUCAUGCCUUCUGAUGCUGCCCUCUUGAACGACGGAUUCAGCACUCGCGUGAGUGAACAAAACUCGCAGAACAGUCAGUUUUGGACUGUGAAGUUCGCUAAUGCCAUGUUCCGAAUGAGCCAACUGAAUAUGAAAUUAGGCUUGCAGGGCGAAAUUCGCCAAAACUGCCGCUUCCGAGGGUAAGUGAUGUUGCGACAUCCUCGAGCUGCACCACAUGUCAUGUCCAGACUCUUGUACGUCUGAAAUUGCGCCUCAUUCCUCUUUCGUUCUGAAACACGACAGUGAAGGGAUCGAAGCAUAAUUUUUCCGCGUCGACCCCAAGUGAUGGGUAGUACUUCGUGACCAAUUCACGUGUGUUGUAUGUGUUUAACUUUCUUCUUUGGAGAUUAUGCUUCACAGCUUCACGUGUGUCGUGUUACGAUCGCCUGGAGAACCUGGACCUGAGAAUUUUAUUCCAGCCAGCACCUAUCGUAGAUAAUUUCGAUUGAGCUUUGGAUUUGCAUUCAAAGCUCAGUCGAGUAAAUCUGCUCCAGUGUCUUCGACUUCCUCCCCAACCUAGCGUAUAGUCUGAAUGAGUCGCUCCAUGACUGGAUGCAGAGUGUAAUUUAGAUGUGUCAAGGGCACAGAGAUCGAAAAGCUGUACCAAAUGUGACUGAAAUGGGGUUUCACUCCGGUUGCUUCAGAAGCGGAUUGAUGAAGGUGAGCAGGAGUAGAGUUGCUGAACCGCUGUAGUGUGCAGAGAAGUAUCGGUUGGCAGACGGGAGGAAACCUGAGAGAAAGAAGUCCCUUAUAAGAAGGAUGUCAAUGUCAGCAAAUACAUUUGUUCUUACAGUACACGUAUCAAUUUCAUAUCACUCCAUUACAUGGGCUGCCGCUAUUAGUUCUUCACCGAGUCUGCAUUGGUUUCUGGGCAUAGGUGGGCCCGACUUCAGUCAUUUAAGUAUGCUUUUAAGGACGAUGUUAUUAAUAUGGUCGAUGGUGGUUGAAGUGAAUGAACCUAGAGCUUCACAACUUAGGAGGAAGAUGGUGUUGGAGAUUGAUAAUGCCGUGACGAUUGAUCGAGGCCAAGGAGUCGUCAAACAGCGAUUGAAUGGAGCGUAUGAAGGUGACUUCCAGUCCUAUCGUCGUGGGAAGAAGUUGGUUAGCUCUUUUCUCGCACCCGAGUUCUGUUUGCAAGACUUCAACAAAUUGCCGUUCUUAUUCGUAUAACUUCACUGCAAACUUCAUACAUCGAAGUGAGACCAAUUACAGCACCCAUCAUAGAACAAUGAAUCUUCUACUUGAAGCAACUGUGUUCCUCUCAAACUACCUGUGCAUGACGAAGGUGAACGAUGAUUACUAUGGAUAUUUAUUAAAACUGCGCCGUGUGAGAGUAUAGUAAAUCUUGUAUGGCGGGUCGAAUUGAUGUGAUGCGUAGUUGCCAUUGUGAGAAUUUAUCGUAUAGAUCUGACUCGAUGAGGAAUGUUUACGAGGAAUAUUUGCGUCAUGAGAUGAACAAGGAGAAAAUACUUCUUGUACAAUACCGGUUUGACAUAACAAAU